AUGAGAGUUUCCGUAGUUGGUGUUUUUGCACUGGUACAAUGGCUAUUGAGUAGUUGCGUGUUUGGAGCUUCGUUGGCCACGCUGGGGUCGAGUGACUCGAGUUCCAACAAUGAAACUGCGGUUGGUGUCAACUCGCGGCACGUGAAAACGUCCUCGUUGCUGACCUGUAUGGAGAACUCGGGAUUCACGGCUUCGUAUUUUGACGUGAGGUUCUACCCCGACAACCAGACGGUGGUUUUCAAGAUUAACGCGGUUACCACCAUCAACUCGAAUGUAACUGUCAAAGUUCAGGUCAUCGCGUAUGGGCUGAACAUCAUCGAAAGAUCGUUCAACCUUUGCUCCUUGAAUGAGGCCACACUCUGUCCGCUUUCUUCCGGUAGGAUCGACGUGGAUUCGUUUUAUCGGAUAAAUUCCGACAUCACGAACCAAAUCCCGAAUGUGGCGUACACCAUCCCAGAUUUAGAUGCGCAGGUUCGUGUGUUGGUUUACGAUGAAACGGACAGCGAUCAAAACAGUCCACUGGCCUGUGUUCAGGCCGUGUUGAGUAACGAUAAAACAGUUCAAACCAAGUAUGCCGCGUGGCCAAUUGCUGCGAUCUCCGGUUUGGGUGUUUUAACGUCGGGGUUUGUCUCCGUUAUUGGUUACAGUACCACUUCGGCGCAUAUUGCAAGCAACUCAAUAUCUUUGUUUAUUUAUUUCCAGAAUUUAGCUAUAACGGCGAUGAUGGGUGUUUCUCGUGUUCCUCCAAUUGCGGCAGCAUGGACUCAGAACUUUCAAUGGGCUAUGGGGAUCAUCAGGGUUGAAUUCAUGCAAAAGAUCUUCGACUGGUACGUGCAAGCAACGAGAGGUAUUUCAACAGUUGUAUUGGCAAACAAGGACGUGCUAUCUAUAAGCAUUCAAAAGAGAAAUGUCGACAGAUUGGUGAAGAGAAUUACUUUGGCCUCUUCAAGGGAUUAUAGUUUUGAUUCCAUCCUAGAGGAUUCUUCAUUAUACACAACGACAGAGAGAAAUACAACAGAGUUUUCCUCCAAGAUUCUAGUUCUACGUGGUAUUGAGCGUGUGGCUUUCAAAGCAGAUAUUGAAUUGUCGAAUUUUUUCCUCACUGGUAUAGUUUUUUUCCUCUUCUUUCUAUUCGUCGUUAUCGUUUCUCUGAUUUUCUUCAAAGCAUUAUUGGAAGUUCUAACUCGUGCUAGAUUGAUGAAAGAGACUUCAAACUUCUUCCAAUACAGAAAGAACUGGGGUAGCAUUAUUAAAGGUACUUUAUUCAGACUGGCUAUAUUGGCUUUCCCUCAAGUUUCUCUACUAUGUAUUUGGGAAUUUACUCAACAGGAUUCUCCUGCUAUUAUGGUUGACGCUGUCAUUAUUUUAAUUAUUGUCGCGGGUUUACUAGUUUUUGGGACAACGAGAGUGAUGAUUAAAGGUAGAGAGUCUUCUAGACUAUAUAAGAACCCUGCCUAUUUGUUAUUUGGUGACGCUGAAUUUCUUAACAAAUAUGGGUUUUUAUAUACUCAAUUCAGAGCAGACGCUUACUGGUGGCUACUACCUUUACUAAUGUAUAGCUUUUUGAGAUCGCUGCUUGUAGCAGUCUUACAGGAAUACGGGAAACCUCAAGCAAUGAUUAUCUUCAUUAUCGAACUGGCCUAUUUCAUUUGUUUGUGUUGGAUCAGGCCUUAUUUGGACAAAAGAACAAACAUUUUCAACAUUACUAUCCAUGUGGUUACUACCAUAAAUUCCCUUUUCUUUUUGUUUUUCAGCAACCUGUUUAAUCAACCAGCUGUCGUGUCAUCUGUGAUGGCCGUUAUUCUGUUUGUUCUGAAUGCUGUUUUUGCACUGUUUUUGUUGAUAUUCACCAUCGUUACAUGCACUCUGGCCCUAUUACAUAGAAAUCCGGAUGCUCGCUAUGAACCAUUGAAAGAUGAUCGUGUUUCCUUCAUUCCAAAGAUUCAAAAUUCUUCAGGACAGCCAUUCGAUAAUGACAAAUCAGGUGCUGAACUAUUUGAAUUAAGGCAGGCCGCAAUGGAAUCUAAUGAAACAGAUCAAGAAAAGUUAAAGCGUGAGGAGGCCUUCGGUGGUAAUAACAGUAGAACUUUAUUUGAUGAUGAAACUAGCACAUACUCCGACUCUUCAAACAAAUAUAGGCCAUCGAAUAUCAAUGUACCGCACUCACAACCCCUUCAACCAACUUCGGCUGUGCUGGGAACAGGUGGUUCGUUGAUGAGUCAAGGUCAUCCAAGGGCUGCAAUGACUGAAACUUCCUCCAGCAGUUCCAAUACAAUAAGAAAGCCCGAAACAAGCUUUUAUGGUAAUGGCAACAGCAAUACCAGUAGUUCUAGAUCUCCCUUUAACAGUACCUCUUAUUUAUAA